UUGCUGCAGAUUUCUUGAAAUGAAAACGACUUUCCUGUCAUUUGAGCAACAAACCCCAAAGAGGUGGCACCCGCAGCCCGGACAUUGCUCCUCCCCGUGCCCCUUUUUGGCUUUCCGGCCACCGGCAUGCUGGGAACGUCGCAUGCAAAUUAGGCGGGCACCGGCUCCGCCCCCUCUGCGUUGGGCCGUCGCCAGGCGCCCAGUGCGCAGGCGCGGGAAAGUUGAACUAAGAGAAACCCAAGAAUCGGGGUCCCCAGCCUCCUCCUCUGCCAGGAUCAAGGAAUCUUCGUCUUCAUCCCUCUCCUCCCUCUGGAGACUCAAGAGCCUGGACCUCCAGACCUCAAUUCCCCUCGAGAACCUAGGAGUUCAGACCCUCAGUGCCCCCAUGGCAGGCUCGGAAGAGCUGGGGCUCCGGGAGGACACGCUGAGGGUCCUAGCUGCCUUCCUUAAGCGGGGCGAGGCUGCCGGGUCCCCCAUUCCAACCCCACCCAGGAGCCCUGCCCAGGAGGAGCCAACAGACUUCCUGAGCCGCCUUCGAAGAUGCUUUCCUUGUUCUUUGAGUCGAGAAGCAGUUCCCCCUGAGUCCCCCCGGCCUUGCUCCCUGCCCCUUCGCCCCUGCUACGGUUCGCAGCCUGGCCCAGCGACUCCAGACUUCUAUGCCCUCGUGGCCCAGCGGCUGGAACAGCUGGUCCAAGAGCAACUGAGAUCCCCUCCGAGCCCAGAGUUACAGGGUCCCCCACCCACCGAGAAGGAAGCCCUGCUGCGGAGGCUGGUGGCCUUGCUGGAGGAGGAGGCAGAAGUCAUCAACCAGAAGCUGGCCUCGGACCCUUGGGCCCUGGCUGGACUCAGCGUAGAGCACGUGCACAGCUUCACGCCCUGGAUCCAGGCCCAGGGGGGCUGGGAGGGCAUCCUGGCCAGCUCCCCCGUGGACUUGAACUUGCCCCUGGACUAGCUCUUCCUCAGCAGCUGUUACGAGAUUGGCCUUCAGGCGCCGGGGCCGUUGCGUGCUUCUCGAGCCUUCCUCUUCUGCUCAGGGCUGUGAGUGGUGG